AUGUUGAUCGCACGUGUCACGUGUUAGCGGCACAUUUUCCAAGCGUGAUCUCAUAUUUCAAUUGAUUUGGAUAUAUUCUUGAUUGAUGAUGGUUUUAUCUCAAAUCUCACAAUUUCCAACAGAUUGCCUGUGUGCAUUCUAAAUCGAAUUUCAAAGCAAUCUCUUGGGUACGAAAAGUGUACAAAGUUUGCCUGUGCCACUGUUGAAGAGCACGUGCGGUGACGAACUGUCAAAAAGAUUCUUCUUCGCCUCCAAACUCGUGUUUUUGUUUGUGAAAAACCGCGUGGAUUUUCUCUUUAUGAAUCCCUGUGGAAUCUUCUAAAACUGUUCUAUUUCUGCUUACUGUGCCAUAUUCCACGAGGUGUUGAGAGACGCGUGGUCAGGAAAUGGGGAAUUCCGUGUCUGCUGCUGAGAUAAUUGCAUCGGAGUUCACUAAGAAGGCUGAUGGCGCCCACAAUCCUCACCAUCCUGCCGAUUACAUGGGCAAGCAACCGCCUCCGGAGUGUCCAAUGCACGUGAAGCCCGUUCUGCGCGAGUGUCCGGUGAAUCACGGGGAGUCUGACGUGAACCCGCUGAACAUGAUGCCGCCGGGCAACCAGAAUCCCUCUCCGGGACAGCCCUUCCCGUUGCCCACCGCGAGGCAGACAUCGAGCAUCCCGAAGGUGACUGAGGACGGCUCGAAGGACUUCUGGGUGUAUCCCAGUCAGCAGAUGUUCUGGAAUGCGAUGCUGCGCAAGGGCUGGCGCUGGAAGAAUGACGACAUCAAGCAGAAGGACAUGGAGAACAUCAUCAAGAUUCACAAUGCCAACAACGAGCAAGCGUGGCUCGAGGUGCUCAAGUGGGAGGCGCUGCACGCCAAGGAGUGCUCCUAUCCGCGCCUCAAGAGCUUCGGCGGCAAGGCGACGGAUUACAGCCCGCGGGCGCGCAUUCGCAGCUGGAUGGGCUACGAGCUGCCCUUCGACCGGCACGACUGGAUCGUAGACAGGUGCGGCAAGGAGGUGCGCUACAUCAUUGACUACUAUGACGGCGGAGUCGUGGAUGAUCAGUACAAGUUCGCUCUGCUGGACGUUCGGCCGGCGAUGGAUUCCUUCGAGAACAUCUGGGAUCGCAUGACUGUGGCUUACAUGCGCUGGAAGUACGAGUGGCUGGGGCCGAAGGAGAGGAAGGCUGAGGCCACAGAGUAGACGGCUGAUCUCAAAUCCCGCAAAAGUAGACGUUUUACUUAACUCAAGCUGAAUUCUUCAAUAUUUAUUUUCUGCGAUAUCAAACUGGGAAUAUUUCUUUGAGCAUUUCCCAAAUUACUUUCUUCACUUUAGAGAUCAGUCACAUGUUCGUGGAAAACAUGCAUAAAUAGCUCUAAAUUAGUGUGUCUCGAUAGUUUGUAAACGUGUAUUAACGGGAAAAUAAAUUAGCCAUAAGUGUUCAAUGUUAAGACGUCAACUCUUUGCUCUC